AUGGGCCUGCUGGACCACCUGGUGAAAGAGGGCCCCCUGGACCUUCUGGACAGCUGUCCAUUCCUUGCAGCCCCGAUUACACGGCCUGCAGACUGUGCUGCAGUUAAAGCCGCCGGACACACGACCAGUGGAGUCUACACACUUGGCUCACCUCUGUCCGGUGUAAAGGUCUACUGUGACAUGGAUACAGCAGGAGGUGGGUGGACCGUGUUCCAGCGCAGAAUGGACGGUUCGGUUCCCUUCAGCCGGACCUGGGUGGAGUACAAACGCGGGUUUGGGAACAAGAACGGGGAGUACUGGCUUGGGAACGACAACAUCCACCUCCUGACUAACCACAAGGCACAGCGGCUCCGAGUGGACAUGAUGGAUUGGGAGAUGAAGACAGCCUUCGCGGAAUACGACACAUUUAGGGUGUCCAAUGAGUCGGACCAGUACCGGCUGAGCGUUUCCGGGUAUUCAGGCGACGCGCAUGACUGCAUGGCUAACAAAAGCAGCGAGUAUAGCAGCAACAACGGGAUGAAGUUCUCCACUAAGGACAGGGACAACGAUAUCUGUAUCGGCCACUGUUCUCAGUUUCACGGGCACGGUGGCUGGUGGUAUAGGUUCUGUAGCACCUCCUUUCUCAACAGCCGCUACCUGGGCAACUGUGGGUACUCCUGUGAAGAGUGGAAAGGUGUGGUGUGGGAGCUCUGGAGAAACAAUACUUACUCCCUCAAGUCUGUGUCUAUGAAAAUCAGGCCACGAUAG